GCCCAGGCCUGGGUUGCCAUGGACACCGUGUCCCUGGAGCAUCAAAUCCAGAGCGUGCAACGCCACAUCAGCUUCCUGAAAAAAGAGCAGAUGGCCCUGCUGCGAGACCUGCACCUGGAGAUCCUGAGGCUGCAGAAACGCUGCUCGGAACUGACCCAUGACCUGGAGGUGAGAGAGGCCCAAUCGCACCAGCAAGAGCUGGCGUCCCGGGAACUGGAGAGCAAGUGCCGCGCGCUGGAGUCGCAGCUAGCGGAGCGAGCAGCGGCCAACGCGGAGCUGCGGCGGGAGGUGGCGCAGCGCGAGGCGCUGGUGUCGGCGCUGCGCUGCAGCCUGCGCGCCGAGGAGCGCCGCUUCCUGGAGGAGCUGCGUCGCCGCAGCCACCGAGCCACCGUGCUGAGCACGGAGCUGCAGAAGCACACCGAGGCGGCCGCCUACCUCUCCUGCCAGCUGCAUGCGGCGCGCCAGAAACUGCAGACUCCGCGCCCGGGGCCCGGCGCCGCCGCUGCCACCGCCACCGCCGAGCCCCGGAUCCGCCGGCGCACACAGCGGGCCCGCCGCCCGCCCGCCGCCGAGGCCGCCGCCAAGGGCCCCGGCCGGGACUGGGCCGCCUGGGAGCGUGCGGCCGGCGUCCCGGAAGACCUCGAUGCCAUGCCCGACCCCGCUCUCUUCCUCUACGCCCGGAGGCCCCAGCGGCCCGGCGGCCGCAGCCCGCGCCAGCUGCCUCCCCAGGAACCCCCGGACCAAGCCGGCUCGCCGGCCGCGCCCCGCCCGCCCAGUGCGCCCGCGGACCCGGAGUAG